AGAAGAGGUCUGAGUCAGGAGGCAACUUCAGUGUGUUCAUGCUUGUCGGGUUUUCCAGACGGAUUAACCAGAGAGAACACACAGGUGAGAGAAGUUACCGCUGGAAACAUCUGGACUUAGAAGACACACGUUGGAAGGAUGCAUGAGUACCAGGCUCAGGGAGUGGGUCCGUUCCCGUGAGCGCCGGAGCCCUGGGCGAAAGCUGGGAGACCCACACCCCCAGCAGGGCCGAGGAGGGCCCCAUCAUCCGAGGACGGACCUCGGAUACCUCACCAGAGUGGAAGCUGGAAGACAAAGGAAGAAGGGUCCUCCCUCUGGAAGAAAAUAACCACUGACGGGACUUUAAACUCAGCCACGUCACCAGUCCAGGGGAAGGAGAAGGAAGACAUUUCAAAGACCUACUUUCUGGUCACUUCCUCUGAAGGAGGGACAUGCCAGAGCCCGGGAGGGAGAGGAGCAGGAUGGAGGAGGGUCUGGACCGCUGGGCGAGCUCCAGCCCAAAAGCAGGGGACAGGCCAGGGAGAGAGGACAGGGUGGCUGAGGGCACACGGGGCUGCUGUCCUGGUGGUAUGGAGCGCGUGAUGAAGACACACCACGCGGGGACGCUGGAACACGUCCAGGAGGAAAGCCGCAGGACCCUGUGGCCGCCCAGCAUGUCCCAGCGGCACUCAGACAGCUCCUUGGAAGAAAAGAUGCUGGAAUGCCGCUUCCACUCAGAGCUGCAGCUGGAUGCCAAGGGGAGCCCAGCACCCAGGCUCCCGAUGGUCCGGCGGUCCCUGAGGGUCACGGACAGUGCUGCCUCCCAGCCUGAUGUCCCAGGUCCCCCGCCUCCAACCUCCGAGGACACGGAGCCACAGACGGUCAUUCUGAGUACGCAGAGCCCCGCAGCCCUCAAGGUGGGCACGGAGCAGCUGAUCCCCCGGAGCCUGGCCGUGUCCAGCAAGGCCAAGGCCCCCGCCCGACACCAGAGCUUCGGGGCAGCCAUGCUCAGCAAGGAGGCUGCCCGGCGGGAUCCCCGGCUCGUCGCGGCCCCCAGCUUUUCCCUGGAUGACAUGGACAUGGACGUGGGCCCUGGGAGGACGCUGACACGGAACCUGCGUAACCAGUCCUACCGCGCGGCCAUGAAGGGCCUGGGGACGCCGGGCAGCCAGGUGGGCCCCGUCCACCUGAGCCCCAAACUCCAGGCUCUGGCCGAGGAGUCCAGCCAGCCUCCUGCUCGGUGCCCAGCCAAAAAUAAGAGAACACUGGGGCGGAAACGUCCACACAAAGGCUCCUUCAAGGAUGACCCGCGGUUCUACCAGGAGAUCCGGGAACGGGGCCUGAACACCAGCCAGGAGUCUGACGAUGACCUGCUAGACGAGCCCUACGGCCCCCAGGGGACCCAGAAGGUGGCUGCCCCCAUCGUGGUCAAGAACUACCGGCCCCCCCAAGUCACCUGGAGCCAGCUCCCGGAGGUGGUGGAGUCGGGCAUCUUGGACUCGCUGCCAGCAGAGGAGCGCAAGAGGCAGGAGGCCAUCUUUGAGAUCCUGACGUCCGAGUUCUCCUACCAGCACAGCCUGGGCAUCCUGGUAGCCGAGUUCCUGCAGUCCAGAGAGCUGCGGGCGACCAUGACCCAGACGGAGCACCACCACCUCUUCUCCAACAUCCUGGACGUCCUGAGCGCCAGUCAGAAGUUCUUUGAGGACCUGGAGCGGCGGCACAAGGCACAGGUGUGCGUGGAGGACAUCAGUGACAUCCUGGAAGAGCACGCCGAGCGACACUUCCACCCCUACAUCGCCUACUGCUCCAAUGAGGUCUACCAGCAGCGUGCCCUGCAGAAGCUGACAAGCAGCAAUGCCACCUUCCGAGAGGUCCUCCGGGAGAUCGAGAAGCGGCCCGCGUGCGGGGGCCUGCCCAUGAUCUCCUUCCUGAUCCUCCCCAUGCAGAGGGUGACCCGGCUGCCUCUGCUGACGGACACACUCUGCCUGAAGACCCAGGGCCACCCCGAGAGGUACAAGGCUGCCAGCCGCGCGCUGAAGGCCAUCAGUAAGCUGGUGAAGCAGUGUAACGAGGGGGCCCACAAGAUGGAGCGCACAGAGCAGAUGUACACGCUGCACACACAGCUGGACUUCAGCAAGGUCAAGUCCCUCCCGCUGAUCUCCGCCUCCCGCUGGCUGCUGAAGCGCGGGGAGCUCUCUGUGAUAGAAGAGGCCGGGCUUUUCCGGAAGCUCGCCAGCCGGCCCACGUGCUACCUGUUCCUGUUCAACGACGUCCUGGUGAUCACCAAAAAGAAGAGUGAGGACAGCUUUGUGGUCCAGGACUACGCCCAGGUGGGCCACAUCCAGGUCCAGAAGAUGGAGGCCUCGGAGCUCCCUCUGCCGGGGGGCGGCAACCGCAGCUCCUGCGUCCCGCACCCCUUCCAGGUGACCCUGCUCCAGAACAGUGAGGGCCGCCAGGAGAGGAUCCUGCUGUCUUCUGACUCUGCGAGUGACCAGGCCCGCUGGAUCACAGCACUCACGCACAGCGAGCGGCAGGAGCAAGGCCCCGCCAACAAGGGAGACCUGCUCCAGGUGGAGAUCACCAAGGCCUACCUGGCCAAGCAGGUGGAUGAGAUCACGCUGCAGCAGGCGGAUGUGGUCCUGAUCCUGCAGCAGGAAGACGGAUGGUUGUACGGCGAGAGGCUGCGGGACGGAGACAUGGGCUGGUUCCCCGAGGAGUUCGCCCGGAGCAUCACCAACCGAGUGGCCGUGGAAGGCAACGUGCGCAGGAUGGAGCGUCUGCGGGUGGAGACGGACGUGUAGCCGCUCUGCGCGGCACCUCGAGAGGCAGCUUUAGUCCACACACCAGCACGUGGCCGUGCCAGGCUCCAGGGAUAGGCUCGUCCCAGGAGCCUGAACUGUCCUGGAUCUCCCCGAGGCCGCAUGGGCCCCAGUGAUGACUCCAGACACUUCGCGGGGAAGGUCACACUUGCCCCCCACCCGAGGGAGCACCCUCACAGGACCACACCAGCCCUGCUCACGGGCCCCGCCCCACCCCUUCUGUGUGCCCACAGGAUGGUCGUGCCACGCGACGCAGGGUAGAGGAUGGCCCUGAGCACAGGCCGUCUCCCUUCUGCGCCUCUCCUGCCCGUGUGGGACAAGGAGGGCCUUGAGUUCCCAGGGCUGCCCCCUACUUUCCGGGAGGAGGGCCGGCUAGAGGGGGCUGACCCUGUGGUGCCAGCGCUGUAAUUGUGACUGAGGUUUCCGGCGACAUUAAAGUAUUUCCAGAACUCCUGGAUUUCUAUAGCAAAUCUGAGUCCAGGCAAAGGCCACAUGAGUCCCCAGGAGACUCCCCAAGGUACCUGGGUUGGGACUGGUCCAUGUGGUCACCGUGCUGGGGUCAGUCCAUUGUCUGGGACCCCAUUCACGGUCAUUCCUGGCUCUCCCUGGGCCCUGGCCUGUCCAUCUGGUGCACCACAGGCAAGGCCAGCGAGUCUGGGGGCUCGAGGACACAGCAGAGCCUGUGGGGACCCCUCUGGGGUGUCCUCACAGCCUCAACUCCCAGACCUCUGCUCCCCUAGGAGGGAGGACAUGCAGGUGGGAAAAGCAGGCAGCCCUCUGGGCUGGGAAGGUCCUGCUGGGGGGCCGGGGGAAAAUGGUUUUUCCGGGGGUAGAGGGGUGUUGUUGGCUGCCUGGCCAGGCUCAAGGACCAGUCCACUCCCCUGGGAAGCCCCCCGCAAUAUUCCUGAUGCCCAUCCUGUGCCCCUCAGCUGGGGUGGAGGCUGCCAGCUUUGUAUGACAGCCAGGGAUGCAGCUACCCCCUGCCCAGAAGUGGGUGGUUAGGGAGGUCUGCCUCUGGACCGGGUGGUAGAGGGAGUUCAGCACCAGGAGGGUGGGGCUUCUCCUCCCCACUGCCCUCCAUCGUGACCUCUGGGCCAGGCCUAGGUCAGAGCCCAAGCAGGGCUGUCCUGGGCAGGAGUUUUGGGGGGUGAGGAGGCCAAGCCAGGGAGAGGUAUGGCCUGGGGGGGUCAGGCCCAGCCCCUCACUUCCUGGAUAGGUGGAAAUCUGGGGCCUUCAUUUCCCCA